GCUUGACCAAAUGAACUGCCAUGAGGCUCUCUAUCUCCAAUCUCAAAAUGUAUACUACUAUUAUGUAGAUGUAAGAUGCUCUAAGAAAAUCAGAAAAUGAGGAGGGACGAGGGAGGCUGAUUUCUGUGGAGCUGCCCGACAAGCUUAAGUGCGGAUUCAGCAACAGACGUGGAUUUUUUAGCCACAUUUCUGAUGCUCAUGGAAUUGAAACGCCUUUACUUUAUCAAUUUUAAAAAAGUAGCAACGGGUGAAUAGAUCGAUGGGAGUGGAAUUGGUAUAAUGCAGCGUCUCCCUGUUCUCUAUUUCCCUCACUGCUUAAGCUUCGGAUGGCGAUUGGGUCAGUUUUUCUGCUGUUCAGCUCACUGAGUCAACCAUCUCUCUUUCUAGUUGCAAGGCUAAUUAACUGAAAGUCUGAAACCAAAAGAAAUAAAAGAAAUAGAGAGAUCUUUAUACUUUCUAUUUAAACCAGUUCUAUUGUCGCUCUCAGUCCACUUCUGCUUCGAGCUUUCAACGGAACGACAAGAUCCUCAAGUGUUUCCCUCAUGAUAUAAGUUACGGAUCUAAUCGCAGGUAGAAGUAAAAGUGAGAAUUGUAUGAUCUGUAUUCUGUAAUUGAAAGAUAAAUAGAAAAUGGGGUGUGCUGUUUCGAGGAUGGAUCAAGAAGAGAGGGUUCGCCUGUGUAAGGAACGAAAGAGGUUGAUGAGAGAAUUGGUUGGGUAUAGAGAGGAAUUUGCGAACUCCCAAUUAUCAUAUUUGAAGGCAUUAAAGAACACUGGGGUGACUCUUAGACAGUUUACUGAGUCGGACACAUUGGAGCUUGAAACCAUCUCCUGCGAAGACCACAUUGACUCUUCUCCGUUGCCUCCGCCGCCACCCCCACCCCCACCUUUUAGCCCUGAUUCAAGAAAGAAUGGUGAUAAUUUGGAAGAGAGUGAAGAGAUGGAGAGCAGCCAAUCUGGAGAUAUAUUAGAUGAUAGCUCAUCAAUGAUGAACUGGUUUAAUAAAGACUCUUCUACAGAUGUGGCCGUGGAAGCUUUGCAAAUCAGAAAGACACUUGAGGGAAUUAUGAGGGAUUUAGAUGACUAUUUCUUGAAAGCAUCAGCUGGUGCAACAGAAAUAGCAGUUUUUACUGACAUCAACAUUGGGGACAGUGCUGUUCCUUGGAAAAUUAAGGAGAACAAGGGGAAGAGGAGCAGGUCUUCUAAGGCCCUUCCAGUUGGUAGAGAUUCUGCUCAGUGUGGAUCUAAUGAGCCAUGCAAGCCUGGCGCUCAUUGCAUAACCCUUGAUAAGCUUUAUGUUGCAGAACAGACUCUUUUCAAGGAUUUGGAGCUUGAAAGGAAACUGGCGGGGCUGCAGAAUCAAGAUGAAAACAGUUUAGAGACUUACAAUGGGCUCCAAGAAUCAAUAACCACAAUCUCUUCAUCUAUUUUGGAGCUUAUUGAUGAAGAGUUGUACCCCCAAUUGAUUGCAUUAACUUCAGGGUUAAUGGAAAUAUGGAAAAUGAUGUACAAAUGUCACGAAGUCCAGAGCCAUAUUUCGAGUCAGCUAAAUCAUCUCACUGAAAGUUUAAGCUUCGACAGAAUAGCCGAAUCCCAUCGUCAGGCUACUGCUCAGCUUCAAACUGAGGUAUCAUUUUGGUCACUAAGCUUCUCCAAGCUUGUAGUAUCUCAGCAGGAGUAUGUGAGAACACUCUGCAGCUGGAUCCAACUCACCAAUAUCCUCGCGGAUGACCAUCAACACAGUCAUUGCUCCUCUGCUGUUCACCGCCUCUGUCAAGGAUGGCAGCUUGGCUUUGAAAAGUUACCAGAUAAGGUGGUUGCAGAUGCCAUUAAGAGUUUUUUGUUGGCUAUCCAAUCCAUAAUCCAACAGCAGGGUGAGGAGCAUAACCAGCGAAAAAAAUGUGAUAAGCUCGAGAAAAGGUUGGAGAAGGAGUUGAGCUCAUUGACCGAGUUGGAGGACAGAUUUGAGGGUUUGGCAAAUGCAAACAACUCUGCUGCUGCAAGCCCAAAGCACCCUUUAAAUUUGAAGCGUGCCAAAGUUGAAGCCUUGAAGAACCAAGUUGACUUGGAGAAAGGCAAACACCUAAGCUUGGUCCAAGUUUACAAGACUAUGAUUUUGAACCAUUUCAAAACUAGCCUUCCAACUGUCUUUCAUGCCUUAAUGACGUUUUCAAAAGCUUACACUAAUGUUCUUGAGGCCAUUCUCAGCCCACCCAGCUAGCUCUGAAGUCUGUCUAUUGCAAGUAAUAUGUAAACAACAGUGUUGAAUUUGCUCAAUUUCCCGGCUCGCCUUUUUGUCCAAAUUGUAGCUAAAGCAAGGGGCAACAUCCCAAGUUUUAGCUGCAUUUCUUCCAAACUAACAGGAUACCUACAAACAAAGUCAUUUGGUAAUUAUAAACUCCCUCUGUCCCUCAAAACUUCUGUCCCUCAAAACUUUACCAAGUUUGUCUGGCAUUGAAAUUAAUAAUAAAGUAAAAA